AUGAGCGUGGUGGAUAAGAAUUUCGUAUAUAAACAAAGAAACGUAGCCAGCGUCAGUUCGGAACUGCCAGUCAAAAGCCAUCGUGGAUCCCAUGGCCAUUCUAUACCGCCCGAACCACGAUUCAAUGGAGUUUUCAAUCAUGAUCACAAUCAUGAGGAAAUUGCUGAUAACAUAAAAUCUUGGAAUCCCAAUAAUCUACAAAAUGUUUGGGAAUUGAGCGGUUUAUAUGAAGGUGAUAUAAUGAUUCAUCCAGAUAGUUCAAUGGAUAGUCCGUGGAAAAAUGGUCUUUUAAACGCUACAGCACGAUGGCCCGGCGGUGUCGUGCCCUAUUUUAUACAAGAAGAUGAUUUUGAUCGUGAUCAAAUCGAAUUGAUAAAAGAAGCUAUGCAGGAGUACCAUAAAAGAACUUGCUUGCGUUUUCGACCUUACAAAGAUACUGAUGACGAUUACGUGACGAUACAAGCGAAAAAUUCAGGGUGCUGGUCUCUGGUGGGUCGUCACGGUCACGGACAAGUAUUGAAUCUACAGAAUCCAGGAUGCAUUCAUCAUGGUGUUGUCGUGCAUGAGCUCAUGCAUGCCUUAGGCUUUUAUCAUCAGCAAAGCGCCGCGAACCGAGACGAGUGGGUCAUUAUACAUUGGGAGAACAUCAAAUUGGGUAAGGAGCAUAACUUCAAUAAAUAUGACAAUCGCACUGUCACCGAUUAUGGUAUUGACUAUGAUUACAAGAGUGUCAUGCACUACAGCUCCCACGCGUUCUCCAAGAAUGGAGAACCUACUAUUACACCGAAGAAAGAGAAGGUGCAACUUGGUCAGCGAGACGGACUCAGUGAAAAGGACGUGGCCAAGGUGCAAGCAAUGUAUAAAGAACAAUGUGACGAUCGAAAUCGUAGCCAUUCUUCUGAAUCUUUUGAAGAGAUUUUUAUAGAAUGGCUAUUCGAUUAAAUUCAUAUAUUUUUAAAUAAUCGGAUUGUAGUAUAAUAAAGCAUGGAUAUAUUAGCAUACAC